CUCUCUGCUGCUGACCAAUCCUCUGCACGCUUUUUUCCGCGUUUAUCCAAUCAGAGAGGCAGAGGGCGUAGUUCCGGUCUCCCUGUCCAGGCCACGGCAGAGGUUGUGUUCUUUCUACAGCUGAGAGUGUUACUACCUGCGGAUGCCACUGUUGAUAUGGAGAAAAUUGAGGAAAUGUUUGCUGGUCUGCAUAUUGUUAACCGUUCCUUGGCACCUAAAGAGCCCACUUAUCUGCUUGGUAUAGACACAUCAAAGACUGUACAAGCAGGAAAAGGAAGCUUGGUUGCAGUUUUAUGUUCUAAUGGAUCAAUAAGAAUACAUGAUAAAGAAACGCUGAAUAUACUGCGAGAAUUCAGUGGAUAUCCAGGACUUCUUAGUGGAGUCAAAUUUGGAAAUUCCUGUAACAGUGUAUAUUCAGCAAGUACUGAUGGCACUGUGAAAUGCUGGGAUGCUCGAGUAGCCAGUGAAAAGCCUACUCAGCUGUUCAAGGGUUACCCUUCCAAUAUUUUCAUCAGUUUUGAUAUCAACUGUAAGGACCAUGUCAUUUGUGCUGGCACAGAAAAAGUUGAUGAUGAUGCAUUGUUGGUAUUUUGGGAUGCAAGAAUUAAUUCUCAGGAUUUUUCUACUGCUAGAGACCCGCUUGGUGCCUAUUCAGAGACACAUAGUGAUGAUGUCACUCAAGUAUGCUUCCAUCCCAACAAUCCCAACAUGGUUGUCUCGGGUUCAACUGAUGGCCUGGUAAAUGUAUUUGAUAUUAGUGCUGAUGAUGAAGAGGAUGCCCUGCUUGCAACCUGUAACUCAGCAUCAUCAGUAAGCCAUAUUGGUUGGUCUGGAAAAGAUUAUAAACAGAUUUACUGCAUGACACAUGAUGAAGGAUUUUGUUGGUGGGAUCUCAAUCACUUGGAUACUGAUGAACCAAUUACACGUUUGAAUAUCCAAGACGUCAGAGAAGUAAUUGAUGUGAAAGAAGGUAAUUUGGACUGUUUGAUUGGUGGCUUAUAUCAUGAGAAGAUGAAUAAAUUAUUUGUUGUUGGAGGUGCAAACACAGGAAGGAUUCAUUUAAUGAGCUGCACCACUGCAGGACUGGCCCCAGUGGCCAGCCUGGAGGGAGGGCAUACUGCCACAGUUCGAUCCUUCUGUUGGUGUGUGCAGGAUGAUUCUCUGCUGACUGGGGGAGAGGAUGCACAGUUACUGCUCUGGAAACCUGGAGCUGUGGAGAAGACCUUUACAAAGAAAGGCGGCAUGAAAGUGGUAUCCUCUGUGCACCAGCGAGUGCGCAUCCAUAGUAGCCAUUCUUACAAGAGAAGGAAAAGGUGAUGCUGCCUUGGGAAUUUACUUGAUAGUCUGUGUGUGUGUGUGUGUGUGUGUGUGUGUGUGUGUGUCUGUCUGUCUGUCUGUCUACUGCCUAUAGUAAAUGUAAUUAAACUUUAUAUAUAAAAACAAGCCAGUUAGCAAACAGUAGGACAAAUGCUGAGGAUGGCAUAAUUCAGGUUUAUAUUCUAAUACAUUUUUAAAACCCAUCUAUUGAGUUAAUAAAUGUUGGGUUUAAAGAAGUAGAUCUGAUAGCAACUUUUUAGAAGUAGAUAGCUGAUGAAACUUAAUAAAACCAGUGUUUUGGGCUGUUUUUUAAGUUCAGAUUUUUACAUUUGAAAUUAUCUUCAUUGUUUAUACAGCCAAACCAGACUAUUGAUUUGAGGAGCUUCUACUUCUUUAAUAUAUCUAAUAUAUUACCUUGGAGUAUAAAUGUAAAUAUUCUCAUGAGUCUAAGUAGAAUUAUAUAUAUUUUUUGAAAUGAAUGAGUAUACCUAAAAUGAGAAAAAUAUAUUCAGUAAAUAUUUGCAUCUAUACUUUAAUACUAUUUACUAUUGGCGGAACAGUAAACAAGUGUUUUGCUGAUGAAAAGGAAAUUUCUCUUGCUAGAUUCAUUUUAAGACAAUGGCUCAAGUGGCAGAGCACCUGUCUAGCAAGUGUGAGGCCUAAGUUCAAACCCCAGUGCCACCAAAGAAGAAAAUAUUCAAGAUGUUUCAAGUAUGAUAUAUUUGAAACACCCCCACCCAGCACAACAGGAAAAACAAUUAGAAGACUCAAAGUAAAAUAUAAAAAUGAAAAUAUAAUAGUAGGACUAUUUUUGUUGUUGGUUUUUAUUUUGUUUUUUGCAGUACUGCAGUUUGAACUCUAGGAAUAAUAGUAGGACUGUUUUUAUUUCAAAAUAGCCUUUCAAUUGUAC